UAAGUUUGCCGUCUCUAACGAACUUCUUACGAACGAUAACAAAGUAUUUGCAAUAUUACCAGUUUUUAUUGUGAAAUUUCGAAACAUUUAAAAAAAUUCGACACAUGUUGCUAAUGCUGCGGCCGAAAGGAGGCUCUGUGGCAGCCACACAAGUGCGCAGCCUUGUCAAGCGCCUGCUAGCCACAGAAACAGCAUCCACGCCGGCAGAGGAGUACUAUGAUAUCAUUAUUGGCGGCGGCGGCAUGGUGGGCACAACGCUCGCUGCUACAUUGAGCAAGAACCGCACGCUGGCGGACAAGAAAGUACUCCUCCUAGAAGCUGCACCUGAAUUCAAAGGUUUCAAUGCCAGCGCUCCCUUCCACAAUCGUGUCUCAGCCAUCAGUCAAAGCUCCAUUGAACUGUUCAAGUCGAUAGAUUGUUGGACACACAUAGAGAAAGCCCGCUGCAAGCCGGUCAAGCAGAUGCAGGUGUGGGAUGCCAACAGCGAUGCCUUGAUUCAUUUCCAACACGAUAACUUUGCCAGCGAUGUGGCCUGCAUUAUUGAGAACAAUCUGAUUAUAGAUGCGGCUUACGCUCGCAUUCGUGCCGCGGCUCCCAACUACAAAGUGUUGAACAAGGCGCGCAUACAAUGCGUUAGUCUACCGGGCAAAUCUGGAGAGCACAAUACACGUGUCCAGCUACAGGAUGGACGCAGCUUCUCGUGUGAUUUGCUCAUUGGCGCUGAUGGCGCCAACUCUGUGGUGCGGAAACAAAUGGGCGUCGAUGUCUUGGCGUUUAACUACGAUCGCAUGAGUCUGGUGGCGAAUGUGGACCUGAACAUCGAGGAGGGCUGCGACAAUUCGGUGGCCUGGCAACGCUUUCUGCCCUCUGGUCCGGUUGCGCUGUUACCGCUGAGCGAGAAGCAAAGCUCGCUGGUUUGGAGCACAACAGUGCCGCAUGCGCGUCAAUUGCUCGCCAUGCAGCCGUCGGAGUUUGUGGAUGCCUUGAAUGAGGCGUUUUGCCGUCAAUAUCCACGUCUGGAGGUGGCCGAUAAAGCACUGCAAGCGUUGAAUGCCUUCUUUGGUCAUCAGGGAUCGCAGCAUCAGCGACAGUAUCCGCCGCGUGUUAGCGGCGUCCAGGAACGCACAAGAGCAACCUUCCCAUUGGGUUUCCUGCAUGCCUCGUCGUAUGUGUGCAACGGCGCCGCCUUGGUGGGUGAUGCCGCUCAUCGCAUUCAUCCGCUGGCUGGUCAAGGCGUCAACUUGGGCUUUGGUGAUGUGCGUGAGCUGGUGGACACUUUGGCCGCUGGCGCUUAUGCUGGUUUCAAGCUGGGCGACUCCCAACAUCUCAUUAAAUACGAACGCAAGAGUCUGGCCAGGAAUGUGCCCAUCAUGAUUGGAGUUCAUGGACUGCAUUCGCUGUACAGCACGCAGUUGAGUCCUGUGGUUUUUUUGCGCAGUCUGGGACUGCAGUUGACUGAGAAUCUGCCGCCCAUCAAGAAGUUGUUUAUGAAGAGCGCCAUGGGUUAAAGAAGCUGACUUUUUUGUUAGGGGUGCAUAGCACUUAAGUGAUUACAGUUUUAUAGUUGUUAAAAUAUUCAAUAAAAUAAAAGGUGUACAGCAGUAUUAAAUUGCUUUGUAAUUGGGGGAAAACUUAGUAAAAUUAGUUCUUUAUCAGGAAUAUGAAAUAAAAAGAAUGUUGUGAAGCAGUCAAAAAUUAUCAUUAACAGAAAAAAAGUUAACUUAAGAUCUUGGUUAAAUUGUAUAUUCAUUUGAACGUUAACUAAUUAAACAAUCUUCAAUUAAAAUUAGAAUAUCCAGUAUCUUACUUUUAAUUGUUCGUCAAGUAGUUUGAUUAGUUUAAUAAGUUUGAUUUUUGGUGGUCAUUGGAGAUUUCUGUUUGUCUUAACACUAAAUUGUUACAAGGCACAUUUUGGCAGCGAGUUUUACGCUUACACUUAGUCUAAUAAAUUUGGCAUUAUAUGGAAAAUUGCUUGCACAUACAUA